AUGUCUUUAAGUCAACAAUCAAUUUCAAUUAUUAAAGCAACAGUACCUGUUUUACAAGUCCAUGGAGUUAAUAUCACUACAACCUUCUAUAGAAAUAUGUUUAAAGCUAAUCCACAACUUUUAAAUAUUUUCAAUCAUUCAAAUCAAAGAGAAGGAAAACAACAAAAUGCUUUAGCAAAUACAGUUUUACAAGCUGCCAUUCAUAUUGAUAAAUUGAAUGAAUUAAAUUUAGCUCCAAUCGUUCAUAAACAUGUUGCAUUGGGUGUAUUACCAGAACAUUAUCCAAUUGUUGGUACAAAUUUAUUGGGUGCAAUUAAAGAAGUUCUUCAAGAUGCUGCCACUGAUGAGAUUUUAGGUGCAUGGGGUGAAGCUUAUGGUGUAAUUGCUCAAGCUUUCAUUGAUGCUGAAGCCGCUUUAUAUAAAGUUACAGAGGAGCAAAUUGGAGGUUGGAGAGAUACUCGUGAAUUCAUUGUCGAUAGAAAGGUUGAAGAGUCGUCCAAUAUCAUUUCAUUCUACUUUAAACCAGCCGAUGGUAAACCAAUUGCAACCUAUAUUCCAGGCCAAUACAUUACCAUUAAGGUACCAUUAACUUUAGAGAAUGGUGAACAAAGAACUCACAUCAGACAUUACAGUUUAUCAGACACACCAUCCGAACAAUACUAUCGUAUUAGUGUAAAGAAAGAAGACGCCCUCAAAAAGUCUGAUCCAAAUGGUGUAGUUUCAAAUCAUUUGCAUGCAAAUGUUAAGGUUGGCGAUAAAGUUUUACUCUCCCCUCCAGCUGGUGACUAUGUAGUCGACCAAUUAUCAAGCAAUCCAAUCCUUUUGGUUAGUGGUGGUGUUGGUAUCACUCCAUUAUUAAGUAUGGCAAAGGCAACUUUAGCUAAACAACCAGAAAGAGAAGUCACCUUUGUUCACUCUUCAAAGAACAAACAAUAUCAACCAUUUGCAAAUGAAUUAUCCCAAUUGGAAAAAUCAAAUAAAGUAAAGGUAUCAACUGUUCAUUCUGAAACUGAUGGUCAAAUCACCAAAGAUAAAUUAGAAAAAUUCAUCAAUCCUUCUCAAAUUAAAGAUACUAAAGUUUUCAUCUGUGGUCCAGUAUCUUUUAUGUCUGCAAUUAAUAAACAAUUAAUUGAAUUAGGUUAUCCAAAAGAAAAUAUUUCUUAUGAAAUUUUUGGUCCAUUAACAAAUGUAUAA